AUGGCCAGACGACUUCUGGACUUCAGGAAGGGUCUUAUAGCCACCCAACACUUUGUGGGCAACCAUGUGAUCACGGUCAUCACCAUCUAUGGCCUGCCGCGGGGACCAACUUGGCCCAAAGCAGCUGAGCUCACAAACUCUAUCUUGGACUUUGUCACAAAAGAGUUUGUUGUGGGCUACCAGGGCAUGAUAAUCAUCAACGGUGACUUCAAUUUUGGCCCCCCUGAACUGCCUUGCUUUGACAUAUGGAGGGCCUAUGGAUUUUGUUCUGCGCAAGAAUAUGCCAAUCAGCGAUGGCACCAAGCAGUUGCACCCACGUGUAAGGGGGCGACAGAGAGAGACUUAUUGUGGAUGUCCACAACGGCUGCAGCACUAUGUCAAAAAGUUGGGGUCAACGAUGUCUUCCAAGACCAUGCCUCGGUCUAUGUCCAGCUCAACAUCGACGCCAUGUCACCGACGCUGAAAAGCUGGCCACGACCACGUGAAAUACCAUGGUCGCAAGUUGAAAUUGAAGAAUGGCACCAACACUGUGAGGGCCUGGGCCUUCAUGACCACUCAGAUCCCACGCAAGCCAUGAAAGAGCUCGCCAAUUCUUUUGAAAGUUCCAUAGCGGGAUAUGUACAAGACUUCCCGGCCAAGACCCUUUCUCCUGCGCACUGUGGGCGUGCACAGCGACUUCAACCGACAAGCCGAAAAACAUCGUCCAGAACCUGUAGGGCAAGCAGACCGGGCGAAGCUUUGCUGGUGGAUGACUUGGUGGGUCAAGCCGUUAUUUUGGGGCUCCAGUCCUUCCGCCAUGCAGCCUGUGCGGGCAACAUGCACCACGCUGCGGUACAAUAUAGAAUCGAGCUCUGGACGGCCAUCAAACGGGCGAAGGGAUUUGAAGGCUCAUUUUGUCAACGGAAGCCUAGACCUGAUCAAGUCGAGUCUUUUUGGGACACGCAGUCCUAUGAAGUGGUCGCCAUCAAAGAAGACACCAAGGGGGUACUACUCAAACAACCAGUGCCCCACCAUGGAAAUGGACAAUGGUUCUUCCAGGGACAACCCCUGGCUGUGCAUGGCUCCAUUGAAGAACUUCUGAUCUUGGACUCACUUCCUGAAGUUUACCCUGGAGAUCACUUGGACUAUCACCACCAUACGGUCACCACGGACCAAGUGCAUCAUAACCUCAUUGACUUUUGGAACCCAAGAUGGAACUGUGAUGCCCUUCAACAAGAAGAAACUUGGGCCCGUAUGACGAGUUGUGUCAAAGCCUACGUGCCAAAGAUCCCCAUAGUUUUGCCACCGCUGACUGUGGAGACAUGGCGCAAAGCGCUUCAACGGUUCAAACCACAUGCAGCUAGACGAGCAGAUGGAUGGGCCAGAUUGGAUUUGAUCAAAAUGUCCACUACUCAUGCCACCAAACUCUUGAAGAUCCUCACUGCAAUCGAGCAAAGACAGAUGACGUGGCCCAAACAGCUCUUGGAAGGGCUUGUGAUAGCCAUAGAGAAGUGCGAUGGGGCACACAAGCCAAACGAGUUUAGACCCAUCGUUUUGCUUUCCAUCAUCUAUAGAUGCUGGGCCUCCUUGCGUGCGAGACAGAUGCUGCAACAGAUUGAGCCAUUCAUACAUGCUGAUGCACAUGUUUUUUUACCAUCACGUGAGCCAGCACAAACAUGGUUGCAAAUACAAGCGGCAGUUGAAACUUCACUUCAAUCCACGAUGCCAUUAGCUGGAAUUGGAACCGACUUUGUCAAAGCAUUCAACUGCAUUCAAAGAAAGCCGCUAUGGUUUCUGGCCGACGCCUUGGGUAUUCCAGACGGUUUGCUAGGGCCAUGGCAAGAGUUCGCAGCGAAGUUCACACGCAGGUUCCUGGUGUGUAACCAAGUCAGUGACCCUGUGCUGUCUUCCCAGGGUUUUGCAGAAGGAUGCCCGUUGAGCGUCCUGGCAAUGGCUUUGGUGGGUUGGGGGCACCAGAUAUACCAACACCAAUAUGCAGCCAAAGUGCGUCACUUUUCCUUUGUUGACAACAUCUCCAUGCUGGCGCGCCAAGCUGAGCUGGUUGCAUGGGCCUUCUUCACUCUAAAGGCCUUUCUGACAAUGUGGGGGCUAAGCUUGGAUUUGGACAAGACCUAUGCAUGGGGAACAACAACAGCAACGCGCCAACAACUUGGCCAACUUGGGGUGCGUGUUGUGCAAGACUUCAGUGAGCUUGGGGGCACCCUCUCAUUCACAGCGGCACAUCGAGUGCGGUUGUUCAUCAAGAAAGGAGAGACACUGCAUGACAAGUGGCCACAAUUGCGACGAUCAAGGGCACCAUUGGCGCAGCAGAUCAGGGCCUUACCAGUGGUCUUCUGGGCAAAAGCACUAUACAUGGCACUCUGA